GUAAUGUGAUACCGCUGUGAUCUCAAUUUAAAGAAUUAUAAUGGCGUUUGUUAUUUUUUUAAUGGUGCUGUUAAUAUCGAGCAGAGUAAUAUUAACGAAAGAAAUUGAAGAUAAUACAAAGUUAUCAGAGCUCAUAGAAAAAGAUGGAAUAAAGGAAAUUCCAAACCCUACUAAGAAUUUAAAGCGAGCAAUUUAUCAAACUGGCUAUGGAACGUUGCCAUAUUUGGGAUCUCCAUUCGGUACAGCGAUUACUCCUUCUUUUGGUGUAUCACUUGUUAGUCCUACAGCACCUGCUAUUUUACCAGCCAUUGCUUCUCCUGCCCCGGCAGUAGUAGCUGCAAGCCCGGCUGUACCAGCACCUGUUCUCACAGCCCCUGCAGUACAAACUUCAGUCGCUAUAGAGCCUAACCCAGUUAUUCUAAGGCAGGAAGUUCCAAGAUAUAUCACUCGCACGAUAACUAGGGACAUCCAGGUGCCUGUUCAUGUACCAGUACCUGUACCUGUAGUGCAUAAAGUUCCAGUGGAGGUGACAAAACAAGUGCCGGUAUAUUACGAAAAGAAAGUGCCAUACCCUGUUAAGGUUCCAGUGCCGGUAUCUGUUCCGGUUCCGGUGCCUGUGGAGAAGCAAGUGGCUGUCGAUUGGCCAGUUUAUGUUGAUCGACCCGUACCUGUUCCACACGCGGUGUACGUCGAUCGGCCGGUCAAUGUUCCAGUGCCAGUGCAAGUGGAUAGACCUGUACCAGUGCCACAACCGGUGAUAGUAGAGAGGCCAAUACCGCUGCCUCAACCUGUGGCCAUUGAAAGAAGAGUACCGGUGCAAUUAGCAUCCCUUUCAUCCCUACCAGCUUUAUCUACUAUACCUGCCAUACCUUCAGGUGCUGCGGUGCCGGUAAGAUCGCUCGGCUUACCGUCUUCAGACUUAUCUUUUUUAAAUCUUGGUUUAUGA